ACAACAUCCAUUCAAUCGCAAAAGCACAACAGCACGUCUAUUGCGUGUCGUUGAAGCCAAAACUUAACUCAGUACACAUUUUUAAAGAAAAAAAAAAACUAAAUGAUAAUUUUUUAUUGAUGAAUUAAUCCGAUUUUAUCAUAUUAAAACGUUUAAUUUCAAUUUCUUGUGCAUCAUAUAUAGUAGACAUAACUGAAAGUCGUGUGCUCAUUUUGUGUGGUUUGCAAAUUUUCGAUUGCCGAAAAAAGAGACGAGAAUCCGUUCGGAGUUUAUACAUAUAUAUAAAUAUAUAUAGACAUAUUUGAUACAAACAAGGGCGAUCAAAAUGCAGUCAAAUGAUGUUAAUAUGGAGGCACAGUCAGAGGCAGCAGCGAAUGGCUCAACUCUGAAGAAAGAGAAUGGCAUGAGUCCUGACGAAAUGACGUCCAGAGAUUACUAUUUUGAUUCCUAUGCACAUUUCGGUAUUCAUGAAGAAAUGCUGAAAGAUGAGGUGCGCACAUUAACAUACCGCAAUGCGAUGUAUCACAAUAAGCAUCUCUUCAAAGGAAAAACUGUCUUGGAUAUUGGUUGUGGUACGGGAAUACUGUCCAUGUUUGCAGCAAAAGCCGGUGCAUCAAAGGUGUAUGCCGUCGAAUGUUCGAACAUCGUUGAUUAUGCCAGACAAAUAAUUGAAGCAAAUCAGUUUAGCGAUGUUAUCACACUGGUCAAGGGAAAAGUUGAAGAAAUCGAAUUGCCAGUGGAAAAAGUUGAUAUUAUUAUUUCCGAAUGGAUGGGCUAUUGCUUGUUUUAUGAAUCAAUGUUGGAUACAGUAUUAUUUGCGCGUGACAAGUGGCUCAAAGCAGAUGGCAUGAUGUUUCCAGAUCGAUGCACAUUGUAUGUUACCGCCAUUGAAGAUAGACAGUACAAAGAUGAAAAGAUUAAUUGGUGGGAUGAUGUUUAUGGUUUUAAUAUGUCAUCGAUACGAAAGGUUGCCAUCACUGAACCACUUGUCGAUGUUGUUGAUCCAAAACAAGUGGUUUCAAGCCCAUAUCUAAUCAAAGAAGUCGAUUUGUAUACGAUAAAUAAAGCCGAUUUGGAUUUCUCUACACCAUUCGAAUUGGUCAUGAAACGAAAUGAUUUCGUACAAGCAUUGGUGACAUUUUUCAAUGUUGAAUUCACACGCUGCCACAAGCGAAUGGGUUUCAGCACAUCACCAGAUUCACCCUACACACACUGGAAGCAAACCGUCUUUUAUUUGGACGAUUAUUUGACAGUGAAAAAGAAUGAAACAUGCUAUGGUGUAUUUAAAUUGAAACCAAAUGAUCGGAACAAUCGAGAUUUAGACUUUUCAAUUGAAAUCAAUUUCAAAGGCGAACUAUCAGAAGUGAAUGAAGAAAACCAUUACCGAAUGCGUUGAAUAUUGAACAAUGACAUUACAGAAUAAUACAAAAAUAAACACAUUAGCUUUUAAGUAAAAUGCUGAGUUUAAUUGGAUUUAAUAAAACCGAAUUGACAUCUUA